AUGUUCCCAACUGCUGCUCAGCUGCGGAGCUCGACUGCUCCGGCAGUCUCGGCCCUCUUGAAGGAGCGUGUUCGGCGCCCGUCCAUGCUCAACAAGCUCUGCCGACCAGAGGAUCUCCUGGAGCACUUCCCCAAUGGCGCUUAUGUCGGCUGGUCCGGUUUCACUGGUGUCGGUUACCCCAAGAAGAUUCCCACAUUCCUCGCAGAUCACGUGGAGAAGAAUGGUCUUCAGGGUCAGCUGAAGUACUCGCUCUUUGUUGGAGCCUCCUCCGGCUCCGAGACAGAAAAUCGCUGGGCCAGUCUGGAUAUGAUUAAUCGUCGAAGUCCGCAUCAAGUGGGCAAGGCCAUCGCAAAGGGUAUCAACGAGGGCCGUAUCAACUUCUUCGAUAAGCAUUUAUCUAUGUUCCCUGUAGAUUUGGUCUAUGGCUUCUACACAAAGGAUCGUCCCAACAAGAACCUGGAUGUUGUGGUUGUGGAGGCGACAGACAUCAAGGAAGACGGAAGUUUUGUGCCUGGCGCCAGCGUAGGCGCAACUCCUGAACUUAUCCAGAUGGCCGACAAGAUUAUCAUCGAGGUCAACACCUCAUUACCUAGUUUCGAGGGACUGCACGAUAUCACCAUGACAGACCUGCCACCUAACCGUAAGCCGUACUUGAUCAUGGGUGUUGAGGACAGAAUUGGCCGUACCUCGGUCCCCAUUGAUCCUGAGAAGGUCGUCGGUAUUGUUGAGUCAGAUUACCAGGAUAAGACUGCGUCAAACACUCCUGCAGAUGCGAACUCAGCCGCUAUCGCUGAAAACUUGAUCGAAUUCUUCGAGCACGAAGUGAAGCAUGGCCGGAUGCCAAGGUCGCUUCUCCCCAUUCAAUCUGGUAUUGGUAACAUUGCCAAUGCUGUUAUUGGAGGUUUGGCUGAUGCAAACUUUCAUAACCUGAAGGUCUGGACCGAGGUCAUCCAGGACACCUUCUUGGACUUGUUCGAUUCUGGCAAACUCGAGUUUGCCACUGCGACCUCCAUUCGUUUCUCGCCUGAGGGAUUCAAGCGAUUCUACGACAACUGGGAACUGUACUACAAUAAGCUUCUGCUUCGUUCCCAGCAAGUAUCUAACUCGCCUGAGAUCAUCCGACGACUUGGCGUCAUUGGUAUGAACACACCUGUUGAAGUCGAUAUUUAUGCUCAUGCCAACUCAACUUGUGUCAUGGGCAGCCGCAUGCUGAACGGUCUCGGCGGAUCCGCCGACUUCCUCCGCUCGGCGAAAUAUUCUAUCAUGCACACACCUUCAACGCGCCCUUCCAAGACCGACCCGACUGGUGUGAGUUGCAUCGUGCCAAUGUGCACACACGUCGAUCAGACGGAGCACGACCUUGAUGUUAUCGUGACAGAGACCGGAUUGGCCGACGUUCGUGGCCUGUCACCCAAAGAGAGGGCACGCGUCAUCAUUGACAAGUGUGCACACGAUGAUUACAAGCCUAUCCUCAAGGCGUACUUUGAGAAGGCAGAAUAUGAAUGCAUGAAGAAGGGUUGGGGACACGAGCCCCAUCUUCUGUUCAACAGCUUCGACAUGCACAAGGCUCUGCAGGAGCAGGGUAGCAUGAAGAAGGUUCAGUGGUAA